AUGACGUCAUCAGCGGAUGCCGUGACAUCAUCCGCGGAUGCUGUGACGUCAUCAGUGGAGGGCACUGUGGUCGCAGCAGCUGGUGCGGCUUCAGCGGCAGACCAAUCUGUCGUCGAACGGUCAAGAGACAGAUUGGCUGGGGUUGGGCCGAAGGAGGAGAACCCAGUGGCCGAGGGUGCUGCAGGUGCCCUCCCUUCCCUCGCUGCUUGCUUCUCUUCUCUCCUCUCCGCCCAUCUCGCCACCCCCUCCGCCCCAAACCGCCUGGUGCUCCGCUCAGUCUGUUCCCACCGCCCCCUGCUGCUGCUCGUGCUGCUAAGUGCUCACACGGCCGUGGGGUGGGGCGUGUGUGGGCACGCUGAGGAGGGUCGGGAGGAGGAGGAUUCAAAGAAGAGUUUAUACGCUGGGAAGGAUGAAGAGGAGGAGGAAGAAGGGAAGGAGAAGGAAUGGAAUGAGGAGGAAAAGAAGGGGGGUGGCUUGAGGCGAGUGGUGAAGCUCAUGUGCAGGGCUGUUGGUGCUGACAGCAAUGCCACACGUGAAGCAGACGAAUGGGGAGCCAAGGGCCAUGCAGAGGACGUGUAUGUGAUGCCGGUUACUGCAUCGGAGCUUCAGGACUGUCUGAGCGAGAAUUCUCUGCAGCUGCCGCCCACAUGCCGCGAGUUCAACGGUUUCACUGUCUCGUUUCUGCAAGUUUAG